AUGGGGCAAACACUUACCACUCCUCUAAGCCUCACUCUAGGUCACUGGAAAGAUGUUCAGAACCGAGCCAACAACUUAUCGGUGGAAGUCAAAAGAAGAAAAUGGCAGAUUCUCUGUACCUCUGAAUGGCCCACCUUCAAAGCUGAAUGGCCCACAGAGGGAACCUUUAACAUCAAUGUUAUUUUGCAGGUCAAGGAGCGAAUCUUUAAUCAGGGACCUCAAGGUCAUCCGGACCAAGCACCUUAUAUUAUAGUCUGGGAAAGUCUAGUCAAAGAACCCCCUCCAUGGGUCUCUCCUUUUGUCCUCCCUUCCGAGGAAUCCCCUUUGAUAGACCUCCUAACCGAGGACCCCCCACCUUAUCGCCCUCUUAGACCAGCACCAAACCCCAUAAGGGAACCAGGAAGCCUCCAAUAUUGGCCCUUUUCUGCAUCUGAUCUAUAUAACUGGAAGUCUCAUAACCCUUCCUUUUCACAGGACCCGGUGGCCCUAACCGCCUUAAUUGAAUCUAUCUUAAUUACCCAUCAGCCCACCUGGGAUGAUUGUCAGCAGCUCUUGCAAGCUCUCCUCAUCACAGAGGAGAGACAAAAGGUUUUUCUGGAGGCCAGAAAGAAUGUCCCAGGGGAUGACGGAAGGGUCACACAACUUCCUAAUGAAAUAGAUGCGGCCUUCCCUCUGACUCGCCCUGACUGGGACUUCAAUACGGCUGCAGGUAGGACCCACCUACGUCUUUACCGCCAGUUACUCAUAGCAGGCCUCCAUAAUGCGGGACGUCGCCCCACUAAUUUGGCCCAGGUAAGACAAGUGACUCAAGGUAAGGAGGAAUCUCCAACCGCCUUCUUAGAAAGGCUUAAGGAAGCUUACCGCAGGUAUACGCCUUUUGACCCAGAUAAUGAUGAACAAAGGGAACGACUUAGGAAGUUGCAGGAGGAAAAAGAGGAAAAGCUAAGGAAGGAAACUGAGGAAAAGGAAGAAAAGCGAGAACGUAAACGAAACAAGGAACUUAGUAAAAUCUUGGCCACCGUAGUGCAAGGCAGCCAGAGCUUAGAGAUAGGAAAGUCAGACAGAAAGGGAGACAUAAGGAGGCUUCAGAUAGAACGGGACCAAUGUGCCUAUUGCAAGGAACGAGGACAUUGGGCCAGAAACUGCCCGAACAAUCCUAAGAGAAGUACUAAGCCGGUCACAAGACUCAUGGCUUUAGACAAAGACUAGGGGCGUCAGGGUCAGGAGCCCCCCCCUGAACCCCGGGUAACUCUAACAGUCGGGGGGCAACCUAUUACCUUCCUAGUAGAUACAGGGGCUCAACAUUCCGUUUUGACUAAAAACCCAGGGCCACUCAGCGACCGGACGGCCUGGGUUCAAGGAGCCACUGGAGGAAAACAAUAUCGUUGGACAACAGACAGGAAGGUACACCUGGCCUCAGGUAAAGUUUCUCAUUCCUUUCUUCAUGUUCCUGAUUGCCCCUAUCCGCUCCUGGGUAGAGACUUGUUGACCAAACUCAAAGCUCAAAUUCAUUUUGAACCACAAGGGGCCACCGUGACCGGCCCUAAGGGAACUCCUCUACAUAUCCUUACCUUACAAUUGGAAGAAGAAUAUAGAUUACAUGAGGAGCCCCCUCAGCCCCAAAAGGACAUAAAAUCCUGGCUUGCAUCUUACCCUAAUGCCUGGGCGGAAACAGGAGGAAUAGGACUAGCUAUCCAACAGCCCCCCAUUCACAUACAAUUAAAGGCAACCGCCGUUCCUGUCAAUGUUAAACAGUACCCUAUGUCCAAUGAGGCCUAUCAGGGCAUCAAGCCACACAUACGGCGGCUACUAGACCAAGGCAUUUUAACCCCAUGCCGGUCUCCUUGGAACACUCCUCUGUUACCCGUCAAGAAGCCUGGUACCAAUGAUUACCGACCAGUUCAGGACCUCAGGGAAGUCAAUAAGAGGGUAGAAGACAUCCACCCUACGGUGCCCAACCCUCACAACUUACUCAGCACCUUGCCUCCAACCCAUUCCUGGUAUACCGUCUUAGACCUCAAAGAUGCUUUCUUCUGUUUAAGACUGAGUCCUCAGAGCCAGCCUCUCUUUGCCUUUGAAUGGAGGGAUCCGGACUUAGGAAUAUCAGGUCAGUUGACCUGGACCCGGUUACCACAAGGGUUUAAAAACAGCCCAACGCUGUUCGAUGAGGCUCUUCACCAGGACUUAGCCGACUUCCGGGUAAGGCACCCUUCCCUGAUCCUGCUUCAGUACGUCGAUGACAUCCUACUAGCAGCCACCAAUGAAGAAGACUGCCGUACAGGUACUGGGGAUCUUUUAAUGACUCUAGGCCAAUUGGGAUAUAGGGCAUCUGCCAAAAAGGCCCAGAUUUGCCAGGCUAGAGUCACCUACCUGGGCUAUGAACUAUAUGAUGGCCAACGAUGGCUAACGGCUGCAAGGAAAGAGACUAUUCUUAACAUUCCUGCGCCUCAAAACCAUAGGCAAUUGCGAGAGUUCCUAGGAACAGCGGGCUUUUGUAGACUAUGGAUUCCGGGAUUCGCAGAAAUAGCGGCCCCUCUAUAUCCAUUAACUAAGCAAGAUACUCCUUUUGUAUGGACUGAACAACAGCAGCAGGCGUUUGAUCAUAUCAAACAAGCACUCCUUAAAUCCCCAGCAUUAGGCCUGCCAGACAUUACAAAGCCCUUUGACCUUUUUGUUGAUGAAAAACAGGGCUUUGCUAAAGGGGUCUUAACACAGAGACUCGGACCUUGGAGACGCCCUAUUGCGUACCUCUCUAAAAAAUUAGACCCCGUGGCAGCUGGCUGGCCACCAUGCCUAAAGAUGAUAGCAGCAAUUGCAGUCCUCAUCAAAGAUGCCACCAAACUGACACUGGGACAGCCCCUAACCAUCCUGGCUCCACACACAGUGGAAUCUCUAAUCCGCCAACCACCAGACCGCUGGUUGUCAAAUGCCCGCCUGACACAUUAUCAGUCCCUCCUCCUGGACACAGACAGGAUCCAAUUUGGACCUGUAAUGGCUCUUAACCCCGCAACCUUGCUGCCCACUCCGGGAGAAAUACCAUCACAUGACUGUCACCAGAUCCUUGCGGAAACACAUGGGACACGACCGGACCUAACCGAUCAGCCCAUGAAGGAUGCGGACCUAACCUGGUAUACAGAUGGCAGUAGCUACCUGCAGGAUGGAAAACGACGGGCGGGGGCAGCCAUCACGACCGACUCCCAGCUUGUAUGGGCAAGCGCGCUACCAGAAGGUACCUCAGCUCAGAGGGCAGAGCUGAUAGCUCUAACGCAGGCCCUCCAACUGGCAGAAGGUAAGAGUCUUAAUGUUUAUACAGAUAGCAGAUAUGCUUUUGCUACUGCUCAUGUCCACGGAGAAAUCUAUCGGAGGAGGGGACUGCUAACCUCAGAGGGCAAAGAAAUCAAAAAUAAAGCCGAGAUAUUGGCCUUAUUAAAAGCCUUAUUUCUUCCUAAAAGGCUGAGCAUAAUGCACUGUCCUGGCCACCAGAAAGGGGAAACCCCCGAGGCAAAGGGAAACCGCCUAGCUGACACAAUGGCUAAACAGGCAGCCUUGGGGCCCCAAUUGCUAACUGUCACUAUACUUACUGAGACAGAAGACAUAGAUAAUGCCAUCAUUUGGAAUUAUGAGGAAGCCGACUUGGACUAUGUACAAAAAUUGGGGGCUGACUAUAAUCCAGCCCUCAAUCGAUGGGAAUACAGAGGGAAAGCUAUAAUGCCUAUAAAAAUGGCAAAAGGGCUAAUCAAUCACCUCCAUCGGCUAACUCACCUGAGUGCAAGCAAAAUGAAGGCCUUAAUGGAUAAGGCCAACUUAGAAAGCCAUUUUCCCAAACAAAACUUCCUUCUUCAUCAAGCAGCUACUAAUUGUAAAAUCUGUGCUCAAGUCAAUCCUGGAAAGACUGUUAUUGGACCUGGGGUCCGGGUACGUGGACAACGUCCUGGCACACAUUGGGAAAUUGACUUUACCGAAAUUAAACCUGGCAUGUAUGGAUAUAAAUAUCUUCUAGUUUUCCUAGACACCUUCUCAGGAUGGGCAGAAGCUUUUCCUACCAAAAAGGAGACAGCUAACAUAGUCGCCAAAAAACUAUUAGAAGAAAUUUUCCCAAGGUAUGGAAUACCCAAGGUACUAGGGUCCGACAACGGGCCUGCCUUCGUCUCCCAGGUAAGUCAGUCGGUGGCCAAGCUACUGGGGAUCGAUUGGAAAUUACAUUGUGCUUACAGGCCCCAGAGUUCAGGACAGGUAGAAAGAAUGAAUAGAACCAUCAAGGAGGCUUUAACUAAAUUACUGCUUGAAACUGGCUCUAAAGAUUGGGUAUCACUCCUACCUCUAGCACUCUAUCGGGCACGAAAUACCCCAGGACCUCAUGGUCUAACUCCCUUUGAGAUUCUCUAUGGGGCUCCACCCCCCGCUGUCACUUUCUUUGCCCCCGAUAUUGCCGCUCAUUCCCCCUCCCCCUCUGUACAGGCCCAUCUGCAAGCCCUGCAGCUGGUGCAACAAGAAAUCUGGAAACCCCUGGCAGCCGCCUACAAGGAGAAACUUGACGUCCCACUACGGCCACAUCCCUAUAAAAUAGGGGACACUGUCUGGGUUCGCAGACAUCGGACCACAAACCUCGAACCCCGUUGGAAGGGACCCCACGUAGUGCUCCUGACGACACCCACAGCACUGAAGGUUGACGGGAUUGCAGCCUGGAUCCACGCCUCCCACGUGAAAGCAGCGCACCCGGAGAAACAGACUGAUCCCCUUCAAGAUUCGGAAUGGACCGUACAACGCUCCCCAAAUCCUCUAAAGAUAAGACUCAUGCGCCGUUAAUCCUUCUCCUUGUUUACACUUUCCUUUCCUUUGGGGGCCCCAGUCCACAUCUCCCC